ACAGUCUCUGUGAAGGAGGUAGAGGUCGACGGGUGAGAAAGAUGUGGGAGCUCCAGAAAGGUUUGGGCGCGUUCUUCCUCCUCUGCGGCGCCUGCCUGACCGAAGGCCGCGCGCUGAGGUUCGUCGUGGCAGUAUUCCGACAUGGUGACCGGUCGCCCGUCGAGUCGUAUCCCAGGGACCCCCACGGGGAGGAGGUGUGGGCUCAAGGCUUCGGACAGCUGACUGAGCUGGGCAUGAAACAACAGUUUGAGCUGGGCCUGUUUCUAAAGAGGCGCUACGGCAACUUUCUCAGCGAGAACUACAACAACAAAGAGCUUUACGUGAGGAGCACCGACUACGACCGCACUCUGAUGAGUGCCCAGGCGUGCCUCGCCGGGAUGCUGCCCCCGACCAGACGCCCGCCUCCCAUCGUGCCCCAGUUACUGUGGAGGCCCGUCCCGGUGCACACCGUCCCCAGGGCCCGGGACAAGCUGCUGAAGUCUCCGGGCAAAGACUGUCCGAGGUUCAGAGCUCUGAUGACGGAGACCUUUGAGAGCGAGCACUACCAGAGGUUCCUCAGGGACCACCAGUACUUUGUGGAGGGACUCGCCAACCACACUGGCUACCCCGUCUCCAAACUGGUUGGCAAAAAAAUGUGGCGGGUCUACGACACGCUUACCUGCCAGCGGAUCCAUAACUUGACUCUCCCCCGCUGGGCCACCCAAGACGUUCUGGACACCCUGAAGAAAAUUGCGUCAUUUGAGGUCAUGUACAGCAUCCUCAGUCACAAGCGCAAAGAGAAGGCGCGGCUCUCGGGAGGGGUGCUGCUGAAUGCCAUUCUGAGGAAUUUCUCCAAGGCUGUAGAGCAAGGGAGCACUCUCAAAUUCAUUAUGUAUUCAGCUCACGACUCUACACUCAUCACCCUCCAGGCCGCGCUGGACGUGUACAACGGCCUUCUUCCUCCUUAUGCUGCCUGUCAACUCUUUGAGUUCUACCAGGAGUAUGAUGGUUCCUAUUCUCUGGAGCUGUACUACCGCAACGACUCCCUGCGUGACCCUUACCCCAACAACGUGGCGGGAUGCAACGGGUUGAACCCCUGCCCGCUGGCCAUGUUCACUGAGCUGGUGCGGGACGUGGUGGCAGAGGACUGGGAGGCCGAGUGUGGGUUUAGGACCAGAUUGUCAAGCACAGGUGAAGAAGAAGAUUUUUUAUAUUUUUUAUUUUCAAACAAACAUUUGUGGCCUUGUUAAUCCUUCAGUGCAAUAUGACCGUCCCUGUAUUUACCUUCGAGACCAGUGUGGGGGAUUUUCAGCACACACUGCGUGAUUUAAAAAUAUCAUCACCAAAUGUUCCAUUAGCACACACACACACACACAC